CCCCCGUGGGAUCCCGUCCCCGCAACCUUUUAGAACACUCAGGCACCAUCCUCCCCUAUUGCAGCGAGGAUAACAGCACCACCCUUAUCCUAAGCUCCGCCCCCGUCUACGAGCCCUCCCACCUCGCGCUCGCGCUCGCGCGUUUCCCUCCGCCUCGGUUUGCGGGUUGCUCUUGGAGGUUUCCGGCAGUAGCCAUGGCGUCGGUGCACCUGUUUGGCUCUCGUGGGGUGGUGGCGGUGAGGCCGGCGCUGGACGGGCUCCGCGUGACGCCGUCUCUUGCCGUGUCGAGGGGGCGCAGGGCCCAGGGGCUCGUGGUGAGGGCCGCCACAGUCGUAUCGCCCAAGUAUACAUCCAUAAAACCAUUGGGAGACAGAGUACUUGUGAAGAUCAAGACCUCUGAGGCUAAAACUGAUGGAGGGAUAUUACUUCCGGUAUCAGUUCAGUCAAAACCACAAGGAGGGGAAGUUGUUGCCGUUGGAGAGGGGAGAAAUUUCGGAAGUAACAGCAUCGAGAUCAGUGUUCCGGUUGGUGCACAAGUUGUCUACGCGAAAUAUGCUGGUACAGAGUUAGAAUUCAAUGAGUCUGACCAUCUCAUUUUGAAAGAAGAAGAAAUCAUUGGCAUCCUCGACAGUGAUGAUGUGAACGACCUGAAGCCACUGAAUGAUCGUAUUCUCAUUAAGGUUGCUGAGGCUGAAGAACAAACUGAUGGUGGUUUGCUACUGACGCAGGCAACUAAAGAGAAACCUUCUGUUGGAACAGUGAUAGCCGUUGGCCCAGGACCCUUGGGCGAGGAUGGCAGUAGGAAGGCCUUGUCGAUCACUCCCGGAAGCAACGUGAUGUACACCAAGUAUGCAGGAAACGAGUUCAAGGGUGAGGACGGCGAGUAUAUCGUGCUCAGGGCAUCCGACGUGAUGGCUGUUCUUCCCUAAUCACGAGCAUAUACUACCCUUGUGAAAUAGGAAAUUUUGAUGUUUAGUCCAAAACCAAUCUUCCGUUGCUCUUGUCUGGAAUCGGUGAAUUGUCGAGUUCUUCUACCGUACUUUGGCGCAAAUGCUCUACAAAAUAAGACGAGUUUCUUGGAUUC